UUGGACCUGCCUGCACUCCGUCGAUAACAACAACUUAAAAUGGCGUCAGCUGAGUCGCAGCCGCGGUUCGGUCAGUCUGUCAAAGGCUUAUUAUCCGACAAGGUGGGCUCCUGUAGCGGUGACGUGAUAGCGCUGACCCGCCAGGUACUGAAAGGAUCCCGAAGUCAGGAGCUUCUUGGUCAAGCAGCAAGGAAUAUGGUGAUUCAGGAGGAUGCCAUUCUUCACGCUGAGGAUAGUCUGAGAAAAAUGUCCAUCAUUACCACACAUUUACAGUACCAGCAGGAGGCUAUCCAGAAGAAUGUUGAGCACUCUAAAAACCUGCAAGACCAGCUAAGACACCUGCUGAAGUGACAAUGACGCAGGCCAACCUCAACCCAAGUCAACACUGUCUGAGCAGGACUGAAACAUCCACAGGAUUUAUUACCAUAUUUGUACCUUAAAACUGUAGGCUGACUGGUUAAGCAGGGAGUGGGACUCACCAAUAAGUACGGCUCUGUAAGAAUUGCUCUGCUAAACAACAGCCAUUGAUAAUUUGUAAAACAUUUUCAACCGUUGUAUUAAAGUAUUGUUUUGAGUGUA